ACCGGAUUAGGCAGUGUCAAGCCGACGACUGUCGAACACUGCUGAAUCGCUCUAUUGGUUGGUAUACAGCAGGCAAACAGUUACGGACACACCAGCAGUGCAGUGACAUGACAGAAAGCCAGAACGUCGGAUCCUCAUGCAACCACCACGGACGACUGCCGAACUCAUGAAAGCCACUCAACACAACUCAACACAGGAGGACAGCAGGGGCAUACGAAGCAACUGGGGCAUACGAAGCAACUGGGGCAUACGAAGCAACUGGGGCAUACGAAGCAACUGGGGCAUACGAAGCAACUGGGGCAUACGAAACAACUGGGGCAUACAGAAACAACUGGGGCAGACAGAAACAACUGUCUCGCCCAGACCACAUGGCGCUGGCGCGAAACCAGCUGGAUACAGAUACAGGAAAAGGACGGCAAGGGAGUGUGUGAAUGGCCUGAAUGGCCUGAAUGGCCUGAGCUACUCCCCAGCCCCUCCUUCUUGCCCCUACAAGUUCCAGCUCUGUGGCAUCCCAUCAUCCAUCGUUCCUGCCCCAAUCGACUCCCCCCCCGCCCUCCUUGGAACCUAUUACACGCCUAUCGCGAACUGUUACCACGGCCAAGUCGUAGCCUCAGAUGCAUCGACUCGGUUUUCGCUCUUGCUCUCUUACAACUUCUUCGCCGUCACCUUCAAGUGA